GAAAUAUUUUUGAGUAACAACAAAGUGGCGGGCAUAGAACAGGAUUAGGUUAGGUUCGAACCAUUGUUCCGAAAUAGUGGUUGAUAGAGAACAGGAUACGUAGAGAUAAAGUGGCGAGCAGAUAACAGUAAAGACCCCAUAAACGCAUUGUAUUAUUAGAACAGUCGUGUUCGUGCGUUUGAACAUCGAACCGUGUACGUAAUUCCGUCUUGCAACGAGAGCGCCUAGGUUAUAUCGAUUCGAUUCUUUCAACGAUCACGACACGUCCGUUAUUUGUUUACUCGACAAUAUAUGUACUUCGACCGGUGACGUUCCCUCCGGAAUCGUGUAAUAGUUAUCACUGUGUGUUUAAGAGGAGCAAACGCUGUCCGUGCAAAAGCAAAACAACAUGCAAGAGGUAGCCUGCGAGACCGCCAUCUUGUUUUUUUAAAAUGAGUCAACAGGUAUUCCCUGUCGGCCAAGUUAACGCGUUAACGCUGCCAGGACGUCGAACUCCGGCCGGGAAUUUUCGUUGUUCGCCGAAUAAAUCGUGGCCAUUGAGACGCCGAAAGUGUCGCUCGAUUUUACAGUACGAACCGCUAGAAGGGCGCGCGACGUUUCGGGAUAAACGCUCUACUAACGUAGUGAGGUAUUUCCUGCUAUCUCGUGAGUUUCCAACGUCUUCGUUUGACAGAUUGUCGGUGUGUGUAUGCGUUCCGUUCCACGUGAAUUCUUUGUUUGGGCACCGGUCAUGUUUCUGACAAGCAUUAAAACUGCGGCGUGGUAGCGGCGAGCUCGUACAUGGGUGGCCCACCGUCGGUGAUGGCGGGGAAAGAUGGGAAGCUGGAGCCGAAAAGCGGGGACGUGGUGAGGCAGGGGUUCAUGGUGAAACGGUCUCAGAACAAGAAACGUUUCACGCCCGUCAACUACAAGCAACGCUGGUUCGUUCUGACCAGGCGCUACCUCGUUUAUUACGACGGCGAUGGAGAGCGGCGCAAGGAACGAGGUAGAAUCGCGGUCGAGAGCGUCCACGUGGUUGAAACGGCGAGCCUCGGGAGCAACGCCGGCGGCGGCGGCGGCGGAGGCGGCGUCGGUGGCGGCGGCGGCGGCGGCGGCGGCGUCGGCAGCGAGAUGGCCGGCAGCGAGGCAGGUACCGGCGGAAGCGGAGGCGGCGGAAUACCACCUGGGCUACCCUUUCAGGUGGGCUAUCGAGAGGCCGGCCAAGAGUACACGCUCUACCUCCUAGCCGCCCGCGAGCAGGACCGCGCCGAGUGGAUUCGUGCGAUCCGUGCUGUGUGCAGCGAGAAUCCGGGGCUGAGCGGUCGUUAUCACGCCGGACUCUGGAGUGGAAAGCGCUGGUCCUGCUGCCGGUUGUCGACACGCUCCGCGGAGGGCUGCGAUACUUGCAGCUCCUGGUCCUCCAAGCCGUUAAAUACAACGAACCCGUCCUCCACGUCCACUUCGAGCUUCAACUCCGCCGCCGGGACCACCGUCGCCACCUCCACCACCACCGCCGCCAUCACCGAUCGACCACAGACGACAAACUCCGAGGCCAAUAACAACCCCAUCGUUCACUCCCAGGCUCGCUCGACAAUCGGAACCCCCUCGACUCCCAUAAUGCCGGGGGGCACGCCAGGAACUCCGUCUUCUAAAACAAAGGACAAAAUAAUGAUGAGAACGAAGGUGGUGGUGGCUCUGUACCCUUUUCGAGCGAUCGAGGGGGGCGAUCUUUCUCUCGAAAAGGGCGCUGAAUACGAGGUGCUGGACGAUUCUCAGGAGCACUGGUGGAAAGUCAAAGACGAACACGGAUCCAUUGGUUACAUCCCCAGCAACUAUGUGAAGGAGAAAGAGCUGCUGGGUCUCCAGAAAUACGAAUGGUACGUGGGCGACAUGUCCAGGCAACGCGCGGAAUCAUUGCUCAAACAGGAAGAUAAGGAAGGAUGCUUCGUUGUCCGCAAUUCUUCUACCAAAGGGCUCUACACGCUUUCCCUCUAUACUAAAGUCCCGCAUCCUCACGUGAAGCACUAUCACAUCAAGCAGAACACCAGAGGAGAAUUUUAUUUGUCCGAGAAACACUGUUGCGGCUCUAUACCAGAUUUAGUGAACUAUCACAAGCACAAUAGCGGAGGUUUGGCCAGCAGAUUGAAGACCAGCCCUUGCGACCGCCCUGUACCACCUACGGCUGGCCUUAGUCAUGAUAAGUGGGAGAUCGAUCCUGCAGAGCUGCAUUUGCUGGAGGAGCUCGGAUCCGGACAGUUCGGAGUGGUUCGCAGAGGGAAAUGGCGCGGAUCCAUAGACGUUGCUGUCAAGAUGAUGAAAGAGGGCACCAUGUCCGAAGAUGAUUUCAUCGAGGAAGCUAAAGUGAUGACAAAACUUCAGCAUCAGAACUUGGUCCAGCUGUACGGUGUUUGCAGUAAAGACAGGCCGAUAUACAUCGUCACCGAGUACAUGCGACACGGAUCUCUCCUCAACUACCUCCGUCGCCAUGAAGCAACAUUAGGAGCGAAUGUUGGUCUUCUGUUGGACAUGUGCAUACAGGUUUGCAAAGGAAUGGCUUAUUUGGAGAGGCACAACUACAUUCACAGAGACCUUGCUGCACGCAACUGUCUGGUUGGCUCCGAAAAUGUAGUGAAAGUCGCAGACUUUGGAUUGGCAAGGUAUGUGUUGGACGAUCAGUACACCAGUAGCGGCGGCACCAAGUUCCCAAUCAAGUGGGCACCACCGGAAGUCUUGCACUACACUCGCUUCAGUUCAAAAUCCGACGUUUGGGCAUACGGGGUACUCAUGUGGGAAGUAUUCACUUGUGGAAAGAUGCCUUAUGGACGCCUAAAGAACACCGAGGUCGUCGAGAGAGUUCAACGAGGAGUGAUCUUGGAGAGACCCAAGGCUUGCUUCAAGGAAGUUUACGAGGUGAUGCGAAAAUGCUGGGCCCAUUGCCCCGAGGUGCGACCAUCGUUCCGCGUGCUGAAGGAACAGCUGAUCAGCGUAUCUCAAGGUCUGCUCAAUGAUUGACUCAACCUUCUACGGUGUAUGCGGCUGUCGUCGCCAUCGAACCGGUCAAUACAGGCGACCAAGUCUCCCUCGUUGGAUCGGUCGCCGUCAAUACUACCAUCCUCGAACUCCUCGUCGUCGUACAAUUCGUCGACGCUGCCGUCGUCGCGUAAGAGCCGCGCGCCAGCCUCCCUGCCGCCAUCGGUCGAUUUUCUACAUCUCUCCUCGUCCACGUGUAAAUUGAAGAAAGAAGGGUCAUCCUCACCGAGUACACCCGGCCACCAACCUAGUCAACCAUCCUCAAGCUCGUCGAACGUCUGUGACAUUUGCAGUUCCUACGGACACCCGUGGAUUGAGAUUUGCAAGGCGAUACGAGCCACGAAAGGCAAAUAAGAAUUCUUUUUCUCAAGCGUGCGUCUGUGUGUGUGUAUGCAUGUAUCGAAACAUACCUGUGUAAACGCAACUAGAGCUGUUCAUUUCUCGAGACACCCGGGUGAUGAAGAAUUACCCGAACACACGGGCACCUCUCGCGAGUUACCCGACGCAUGAAAUAGUCGAGGUUUUGCAGGCUGGAAAGGGCGCAUCUGAAACGAGAAACAGAAAUCUGAUAAAUGCGUGAAAAUUGAAUGGAAAUGUACAUUGUUUUGUAUCGUAUUGUAUAGUGACCUCUCGACUAUCUCAUGCGUACGGAUAUCCUGUAGAAUACUCGGCUAGCCGAGUAAUUUUUACUUACCCGGAUAUCCGACGGGUAUCCGAGUAUCUUGUUAGCUCUAAUUGCAAUCUUAUACGCCGGAAGGAUCUUGAUGCAACAAUUGUUCAGCCUGCAACGCCACGCAUCCUCAUCCCCUUCUUCCUUCCACGUCCUCGCUCGUCCUUACACGAUCUUAGACGUACCAGGUGGCGUGCCUGAAAUCGAACAAAUCGCAUUUCGUAUACCGAACCAUUUUCUUCAACUUCGAAAAGUUUUCAUUUACAUAAUUUAUAUGUCUCUGUCGACAUUUUUAUAUUCCCUCUUUUAGCGCUAGCCUCUAUCGCCCGCCAUCGCGCGAUCCUGAAACGGCUUUUUAUAGACAGGAUGGGGACUGUGCGCGCCACCUGGAAUUUUGUUCUCAAACUAUUGCGAUUUUCCCGCUCGAAAAAUAACCCUCCCCCGCUCCCAAAUCCCGUAUGAUUUUCAGUCUCUCGAUUCCAUACAACGAUAUGGAUGCAUUUACGAAUAGAACAGUAGUAUUUAUUGAGUGUCCUCGAACGGAUAUAACUAGUAAGUUGUGACUCUUCCGUAGGAGCAUAUACUGGUCUUUUUUGUUAUCAACUUUUUAACGGAACACAAUAACGUAACUCUACGAACGGAGAACAAACUUUAUUUCUGCUUAACGAAUGAAUUUAAUAAAUGAAUGUUUCACUUCUGUAUUAUAUACUAUGACAAUUUAAUAAAAAUAGAAUAAAAAAAGGAAGAAAAACACACACGAGGAAUCAGCGGAAUUAUUUAUAGGUCUAGAAAACCCAGAUAGCGACGCGUACACGUCGACAAUUAACGGAAUGCUCAAACUGUGACGUCACUAGUCUCGCUCGAAAUUUGCUACACCUUCAAUAACCGUUUCCUUCGACAUUUCGCACAGGAAAAUGCCAAGCAUUUGUUUGGAUCCCUCGGUCGUCGAAAGAUACAGGCUGUCCCAUUUUAAUCUAGUAAACAACACUAUAAUGCGUUGUCUACCGUGAUAUCUUGACGAUUGUCUGGGCGGUAGUUGACGUGUUAAAUUUGUCAAACUUGACCGAUUGAAAGUUAUGGAAAAAGUUCAAGAUACUACGAUUCAAUAUGGUGGAAUAGAUUAGUUAGAAAUGUGUAGCUAGUAAAUUGUAUUAAAAAUGGCAAAUAAUUGAACUCUAACCUUUGAUUUGAACGCUAUUUUCAAUUAAUAGAUUAGAAUGCGACAAUCCGUAUUGAGAUAAAAGUAUUAUGGACUUACUUGUAUGGAAAGAAAUGGAAACUGCUUCCUCGCAAACGCGUCAGUAUUCUUGUUACCACUUAUUCACUCGCAAACCUCCGAGAUAUCGUUGAUUAUUACGUUAAUUAAAACCGCCACUGAUGCAACGUGACUCGAAUGUUACUUUCGACGUAAGAAUUUAAACAUAAGACUUUGAUUAUUUGAACCAGAAAACGUUAAUUCUUCACUGCGAUAUCUACGUCUCAACUCCCGAUUCGCGACGCAAGAGGUGCCGACCGUCACUGACAGAGCGCGAAUUUUAAACUGCGCAUAUAAAGUUUCGAGUGGGAGUAUCUUAUUUCGAUGCGCGCGCAUCUAGAGGUCAUACUGUGUUCGACUCUAGAUCGCUUCUAACCUAGUGGACUUCUUUCGAACUCACAAAUUUCAAAGCAAUUACAAUGUAUAAUUCGAGUAUAAGUGUAACUAAUAAUUUCUAUUAACGGUUGUUUUCUCCCUCGAAUGAAAUGUCAUGAUAAAAUUGAUGCGCGGAAUUAGUAUACGUGUACCAUUUUACACUGUUUGAUAUUUACGAGAGUAUUAGGAUCUGAAAUGUUCAUAACUGUAAAGUAAAUAAAUGAUAAGCAUGCGAUUUGUUAUCGGUUUUACUAGUGUCAACCAUUGCAGGUAAUAAUUGUAAAAAGAUUACGGUGUAUCAAAUAAACCAUUCAAAGUAAAA